CGGAUGCAUUAGGUACGUAAAAGAGGUUAAGAUAUUUGGAGUGUUUCUAUGACUUUUGACGUGACGAAGACGUGAUUUAAUAAGAACCUUGUGCCAGCAAUGUGAGACGCGCACAAAAUGGACUCAUGGGUUGUGUCAGCUAUUAUAUUAUUUGUGAUGGGUGGAGAGGGGCAGGAACAUGGGCCAGUGUUCCUGAUGGAGCCACCACCGCGUCUUGUGUUCUCAAAUAGUACUGGUUCUAGAGUCUCCUGCGCAGCACAUGGCUUUCCCUCACCGCAGAUAUCCUGGCAGCUACCGGAUGGCACGCAGCUUGAUGAUGCACCAGGACUAAGACAAGUCUUGGCCAACGGUACGCUGAUGUUCCUCCCUUUCCCGGCCGUUCACUACCGACAGGAUGUGCACAGUGCUGUGUACCGGUGCCGAGCGCACAACGCCCAUGGCGCUAUUGUAUCCCGGGAUAUGCGCACACAAGCAGUGGUAUGGCAAGAGUGGCAAGCCCAUGUGACAUCCACUCCAGCUGAGGUGGGUGGACCAGCACUACUGACUUGCGCCGCCCCCGUUUCUUUAAGAGACCAUGCCACCGUCGCCGCUUGGUACAGGGACGAAAGCGUAGUAUCCGCUGGAGAUAAACUUACCGGCCCUACACUUGUUGUGGACGAAGGAUGGAAGCUAGUUGUACGUUCAGUACGUACAGAUGAUUCAAGGGCGCAUUACUCUUGUUCUGUCCUUGAUUCACUCACUGGAGAGCGUCGUAGAAGUACACCAGUUAGCAUAGAUGCAACUCCACUGAGUGUGCCCUCAGCGCCUCGAGCAAUAGUUCACGGAAUAUGGGAAGCAAGCGCGCGACGCGGCGCGGAUGUGUUGCUGCCUUGUCUUGUACACGCCAACCCUCCUGCUACCAUCACGUGGUACCGAGAGACGUCUGGUGGAGCGUUAAGACAAAUUCGUGAAGGUGAAGGUGCAGGGCGGUACAACCUAAUAGCAGACGCACUUAGCAUCCGGCGAGCUGAGUUGAGUGAUGACGGUCGUUGGGCGUGCCGAGCUGCAAAUACCCACGGCCACUUGACUUUGCGACUGCACCUCGCACUACGCGCUCACCUAACCGUACAUGUACAGCCGCAUACACAAGUAGUAAAUAGUGGUGGAACAGCAAUCAUAAACUGUACGUGGGGUGGAUGGCCAUCUCCGCGACUAGAGUGGCUCCAUAACGGUAUCCCCGUGAGCACAGGUAUCGCUGGUGGUCGUGUACGUGUACAAAAUGGCGGCGAACAACUUGUUAUAGCAUCUGUACACCGCGCAGAUAAAGGUGUAUACCAGUGCAUGGCAAGAAAUGAGAGGGAUUCCGCACAAGCAAGUGCUGAAAUUAGAUUAGGAGACACGGCUCCAGAACUUCAAUAUACGUUUAUCGAGCAAGUGCUGCGUCCAGGACAGGUAGUAACCUUAAAGUGUUCAGCUGCUGGAUCACCUCCUCCCCAUUUUACAUGGAUGUUGGACGGACAGCCACUCAAUACAAUGGCAAGAGGACAUCGGUACAGUGUUGAGCAAUUUGCGACAAAAAGCAAUGACGUUGUGAGCUACUUAAAUAUAUCUGCAGUGAGAUCAGAAGACGGAGGCCUAUACACGUGCAGAGCCGCCAACUCAUUGGGAGAAAUCUCGCAUACAUCUAGACUCAAUAUUUAUGGACCACCAUACGUGAGAUCAAUUGGACCAAUCAGAGCAGUCGCAGGCCGGGAACUGGUGCUGUACUGUCCUUAUUCGGGCUACCCUAUAAGUUCUGUAAAAUGGGAACGAGACGGUAAUCAAGUAGAAUGGGACAGCAGCGUCACUGGAGCUUUGAGGGUCGCCCGAGUGGAGGCCUCACACGGUGGGGCUUACACUUGCGCAGUAACAGGACCGCACGGGGAACUUGCUCGGAGGGAACUUCAGCUCGUUGUCUCUAAUCCUCCAGAAAUAGAGCCUUUUUCAUUCUCUGCUAAUCUCCAAGAAGGAAAGCGAGCUCAAGUGAGUUGUAGCGUUAUCUCUGGAGACAUGCCGGUGCAUUUCAUGUGGCUGAAGGAUAAUGGGCCUAUACCAUCUUCACUUCAGGUGGAAGAGCGAGGAGCGGAUUUUUUCAGCAAUCUUGUAUUCAAAGAAGUGUCAGCCCGUCACAGCGGACUGUACACAUGUGUCGCGUCCAACAACGCAGCAAAAGUUAACUAUACCGCCGAGCUGGUGGUGAAAGUAUCACCAAAGUGGGUGACUGAACCAAAGGAUGAAGCGGUGUUGGCUGGUGAGCCUGUAGCUAUGAAUUGUGAAACUACUGGCUCGCCCAACCCGCAGGUUACUUGGUUAAAACAGAGAGCAGGUUCCACGUCAGAAUACAGUCCGCUGGUAAACUUGGGCGGUCGAUUUCAAUUCCAUACUAACGGAACUCUAUGGAUAGAGUCGACUCUACCGUAUGAUGAGGGCUACUAUAUGUGCAGAGCGGAAAAUGGUGUAGGCACUCCCCUGUCUAAGACUAUAUUCUUAGCUGUUAAUGAACCCGCUCGAUUUGAGUUGACAUCUCAUAAUGUAUCCGCGAGACGCGACGCGGCCGCCACACUGGCGUGCGAAGCAAGAGGCGAUGCCCCAUUACGUCUGACGUGGUCAAGGGCUGUACGGCCUUUAGACUUGUCAACUUAUAGAAUAAGUGUAUCAGAAGCAAAGACAGAUGCUGGACUCCGUUCCCAGCUAUACAUAAGUCGGACCGAGCGUCUUGAUUCUGGUGUCUAUAAGUGCCAAGCUGUUAAUGCGUAUGGACAUAGCGACCAUUAUAUAUAUCUAUCCGUCCAAGAAAAACCAGAGACCCCUCAAUCUCUGUCAGUCACCGAGAUUCUCUCACGUGCAGUACGUUUGUCCUGGAGUCAGGGAUUUGACGGGAAUUCCCCAUUGGAGGCCUAUACUAUUCAGUAUUGUGCCCUCUCUGCCCAAGGAGCCAUUCGUGUCUCCCAUUGGGACUCUGCUACCACACUCAACGUGUCCGUCCAUGGACCUUCACAUGCACACGUUAUUCUUACAAAGAAGGGAGAUAUUCACUACGAGUCACUGUUGAGCAAUUUGAGGCCGCACACAGCGUAUAUGAUCCGCAUCGCUGCUAUUAAUCAAAUUGACCGCAGCCCGUAUACAGAGCCCGUUGUUGUCAAAACACAGGAAGAAGCACCAUCCGAGGCUCCAAGUAGCGUUCAAGUGAGUGCUGGUGGUCCAGGAGAACUUCAAGUUAGUUGGCGGGCUCCACCUCGUGAGGCAUGGCAUGGCGAACUACUGGGAUAUUCCGUAACCUGUACUGAAACCGGACAGGAUGGCCUACUCACUAAUGCCACAAGAACACUGACGGUUAAUGGAUGGUCUGCAACGGAACUCAGUCUUUCGUCGCUGAAAAAGUUCACGCGAUAUGAAGUGCGAGUCCGAGCUUUUAAUGGAGUAGCCGCUGGGCCCAGUUCUCCACCUGUUACUGCCACAACUCUGGAAGGAGUUCCAGAGUCACCACCGACGCGUGUACUGUGCUCAGCUCUGUCGUCAUCCAGUAUGAAGGUCACAUGGAGCCCACCACCACCAGCGAUGCGUGGUGGAAUCAUACAGGGAUAUAAAGUUAUAUACGCACCACUCACAGCUAACCAUGCCGAUGUUGCGGAAAUAAAGCGCGUGACAACAACAGACACAUAUUUGCAUACGUUGCACAAAUACACCAACUAUUCUGUACAAGUGUUGGCUUUCACAAACUCCGGUGACGGAAAGCGCAGUCCACCAGUAUUCUGCAUGACUGAAGAAGAUGUGCCCUCAGCUCCUGAGAAAAUAAAGGCAUUAGCCUAUUCCAGCGAUUCAGUGCUUGUGAGCUGGCUGCCCCCAAUACACCCGAAUGGAGUUAUAUCCCAUUACACCGUGUAUUAUAGAGAGGCUGGAAGAUUAGGAAAACACUCAAGUUUCACAGUAUCUGCAGAGAAGAACCAAGAGAUUGAGUUAAUGUUUCAAGUUCGUAAUUUAAUGGAGAAUCAGCUGUACGAGUUCUGGGUGUCUGCUACGACUGGGUCAGGGGAAGGGGAGUCCACCUUAGUUGUUGGACAAGGGCCUAGUUCCAGAAUACCAGCUCGUAUAGCAUCUUUCGGAGGGGCGCGUUCCGUUCGCUUAGGUCACAGCACAGUGCUAGCAUGCUCAUGCGUAGGUGUCCCUGCGCCUCGCUCUCGAUGGGCACAUCAUCUUGACCCUGUCACACACCAUCACUACUAUCAGGUCACACGGGCUGGACAUCUCCAUAUAAGAGAAGUAAACGAGCAUUCUUCCGGUAACUUCACGUGUACGGCCCAUAACAGCAUAGGAGAAGAUUCCGUCAUCUACGUAGUGAAUGUAGUUCUUCCGCCUGGAGCCCCAUCACUCUCCCUGCAGUACACCACUGCCAGUAGUGUGAAGCUUCAUUGGCGACUUCCACAUGAUUCUACGCCCGUGCUUGGAUACGUCCUCCACUAUAAAGAAGCGGCUGAACCAGACUGGCACAACGUGGAACUCUCCCCAGAACUAACGUCUUAUACUAUGGACAUGCUGAAGUGUGGGACGACGUACAAUGCCAAGAUCCAAGCGCAGAAUAAAAUAUCUUUGGGACCGCCCAGUGAAGUUCUUACAGCAACUACUAGAGGGGGACGUCCUAAAGCACCUAAACCCGAAGACCACGUCCACAUGAACUCGACGGCCAUAAAGAUCAAUUUCUAUGCUUGGCGAGAUGGCGGCUGUCCCAUACUGGGCUUUCGGGUCGCAUACCGUCGGGCGGGAGACGAACAUUGGAUUAAAGUUGGGGAAACUUUAAGCGCCGCCAGCCAUGUACUGGGUGACCUAACUCCAGGUACUUGGUACGAGGUCACGGUGGAAGCCUGGAGCGAAGCCGGUAUAGAGCGGGUCACGUUACUUGCUGAUACACAUACACUGGCUGGUGGCCGUAUUCCGCCUUUACAACCAUCAGCACCACCUUUAGGCAGUGCCAGGUCUGCAGCACUACGAACAGUGCUAGUGUCUUGUGCUGCCAGCGCAGUAGUUAUUGUUGCCGCUCUUGGGACACUACUCUGUCUUUUACAUGGCAAGAGGAAAUUUCUCUGCUUAUCCAGUGAUAAUUAUUUGAGAGACAACAGGAAAUUAAGUGAGAGUAACGAAGCAGAGAGAGAGAAGCUUAGAGAGGGACAGAAGUUAUAUUCGUCUUCUUCUAUCAAUGGCAACGAAAAGUCUACGAAUGAUGACUCCUCGGCUGAGUUAUACGAGAUAAGUCCGUACGCAACAUUUGGAGGCGCGGCUGCGCACUCGCUACAGUUUCGCACACUAGCAAGACGCGACGAUGACGCAGCCGCACCGCAUCGACGACGCAGAGCUUGUGAUCACUAUCGAUAUGAUGAAUCAAGCCUAUCAAAAUGUUCCACGGUAGAGGCAAGGCAUCGUCUUAGAGCACCGCCUGCACCGCCUGGAUGGCGUGAACGGUCCGAUUCCGAUGAUUACAGUGACAGCGCUGCUAACACUACUACUAAAGGUUCGGGUGGGUCAGGCGGUGGUAGCGCAUAUGGCAGCGGGCGGCGCACUGCCAGCAGGUAGACCAGCGGAGGCCCGGCCGGGGGCGAUGGCCUCUCCAGCUGCUUCGCCCCAAUACCCCCUGAUAUAUCUUCAUUAAUAGAUAAAUACCAACAACGUAAGGAACAAGAAAGGCGCGAAUGUACGAUACACGUGUAACAUUCCACUGUCCAGUAUAUUAUAGUUUUUAUACAAAGUUAUAAGUAGUUCUAUAGACCUAAACCCUUGCUAUUGAACCUGCCAACUAGAUUUUCGGUAAUCGCAUUAUGCUCAAAUCUGCUUAUUUCCAAUCUGUAAGUAUCUUCUAAGGAAUUAUAAGACUGGUGGAUUGAAACCUAAUUGAUUGACUAUACCCAUGUAUUUGUAAAGUGUACCUCGAGAAGAUUCUAAACUUUUUAGCUUGAAAGAUUUACCCAGUACAUUUAGCGUGUUUAUUAAUAAAAAUGGUACUAAUUCUGUGUACUCUGACUAGACUAAAUUUUUUAACCAUUUCUUAUCAUCAUUGAAGUUCGUAUUAAUAACUGGUAGCAUUAUAUAAUAGACUAACGUUUCGCUAAUUUAAUUCGGUAUUUCUACUGGUGAUUAUAGUCUAAUUUUAUCUGGUACGUUAGAAUUAGUACCGAUACAAAAAUGCAACUAAUGGAUAUGAACAUUUGAAUAGUGAUUGCCUAAAAGUUUUCUAUUUUCACGUAUUCGAUACAUAAAUAAAUAAUUCCGAUUCUGCCACUGUCGAUAAAUAGUUCAGCCUAGAGUGCAUUGCAGCCCAGACAAAAAUAUUCCGAAGUUAAGGAAGAAAUUAUCAGGUGUUGUGUGGUGGCGUAAUGUGUAAUUUAACUUUCAUUUUUUAAGUUUUACUAACUGUUUAAAAUAUUUUUGCGAUAUACUGUUUAGAGUUACAACAUUGU